AUGGCAACUUCAAAUAAUGAUUUUUAUUUUGGACUGCUGCGCAUAUCAAUGCUGCAGCUUUUAAAAUCUCAGGGUUUCGAUAAAUCUAAACCAACCACAGUUGAUACAGUAACUGAUUUAUACAUCAAGUUUUUGAAUCUUUUGAUAUCUGAAAUUCAAAAACUGGCACGAGCAAGGUGUGACCUGGAUGACAGCAUCAUAGCUAUACAGGACAUUUCACAAAGUUUUGUCAAUCUGGGUCUCAUAAGACCAAUUGAUUUAUUGGAUGUAUACGAUGAAAAUCCAGGAUUAUCUGCACACGAUAAAGCUUUCACAAAACUUAGAGAGUGGAUUCUCGACAGCAUUCAGUUUCAAAACUCAAUUAAAGUAGCUUUUCCUAAUAUUGAACCGUUGAAAAUAUCAUCAUCUGAAAUUCAAAACCAAAGUAUUAAUGAUACAGACAAUUCUAACAAUAAACAACUUACAAAUAAACUAGACUAUAUAACUCAAUUACAAGGAACCAAUGGAAAUGCUCCCAGGAAGGAAGAAGAAAACAAAGAGGAGAAUGAUUUGAUUGAAGAUUUAAUUAAUAAUGGGGAAACUGAUGAUUGGAUAAGGUUCUUAAUUACUAAACAAAGGCUAGAUCUGAUAAGAAGGAGGUUACAAAAAUCAAAUAAUAAAGAAAAUAAAGUUCCAGAUAUGAAUAAUUUGCCAAACAUUGCGGGCUUGAAACAUUCUAUAUUGAGUAGAAGUCUACAUCUCCAUGUUCCAAAUAGUCAUGAUAAUGCACAUAAAUCACCAAACGAAAUGCUGCCGUCACAAUUAAGUUCAUCAAAUAAAGCUUAUCAUAAUGAUAUAACGACGGAUGAUGCAAAUAUAGGUAGUAAUCAAUUAUUCGAAAUUGGGUCAAAUUUGGAAAAAAUAUUACCUGCAAUGACAAUGGGAAACAGGAUAGAGAAUAUAGGAUUAUCAUAUGAUAACUAUGUCUCUGAAGAUGAAAAUGCCGAAGAAGAAGAUGAAAAGGAAGAGCAAGAGGAAGGACUUCACAGUCAAAAGAAAGAUUAUGUUGAAGAAGAACAGAAUGAACCGUUCAAUACUAAUACUACGGGUAAUAACUUACAAUUUAGUGAAAUGGAAGACAUGGACAACACUUUUCAAAGGAGGGAUUCUCUUGAUUACGAUAAUCAGUCAAUUUUUUAA